AAUACAAUAAAAGUGGGGUGUCUAUAGACGGAGAUCGAAACGAAUGCAACUGCCGUAAUUGGAUGUCAGAUCUGCUUGAGUCAUAAAGAGAUGGAUUUGAUAAUUAUAUAAAAGCCAUGUUUAUUUUUACUCUUUUACUUUUCUUCCGUAUACAAUCAUGUCUCCACGCGUACUUAAUUUUGGCGCUGGCCCAGCAAAGAUUCCUCGUGAAGUCCUGGAAAAGGCGCAAAGAGAGUUUUUAAAUGUCAACGGUACUGGCAUGUCCGUCAUGGAGCUUUCUCAUCGUUCCAAACCGUUUGGCGCCAUUUUAGCCAAAACCAAAGCCGACUUGAAAGAAAUUAUGAAUAUUCCUGACAACUACAAGAUUCUGUUUAUGCAAGGUGGAGCCACAACCGAGUUUGCCUGUAUUUUUUACAACUUGAUCGCGGCCAAGCAGGAAGCGCUUCGAAAAGCAGGCAAAGAAGGUGAGGAAAUCGUGAUCGACUACCUUGUGUCGGGUGCAUGGUCAAGCAAGGCAGCACAGGAAGCUGAGCGUUUGAAGCCUACAGUGACAGGAAAUCCUGUACGUGUCCAUCGUGUGUUUGACGUGAAGGCAAGUAAGGGCAAAUAUGGCUCAAUUCCUGACGCCUCUGAAUGGCAAUUGAGCGACCCAAAAAAGAAUAACGUCGCUUAUGCAUACUAUUGCGAUAAUGAAACUGUUCAUGGCGUCGAAUAUCCAUCUGUACCUGAAGUGGAUCCCUCCGUACCUUUGGUGGCCGAUAUCUCCAGUAAUUUCUUAUCUCGACCUAUCGAUGUCUCCAAAUUUGGCGUGAUAUAUGGUGGAGCACAAAAGAAUCUAGGCCCUUCUGGUGUGACAAUUGUUAUUGUCCGUGAUGACCUCUUGGUCGAUUUGACGGUUGGACCAAUUCGUCCAUUGAUGCUUGAUUUUAAGACAAUGGCAGAUAAUGAUUCAAUGUACAACACGCCUCCUACCUUUGCCAUCUAUAUGGUUGGACUCACCUUAGAGUGGCUCAAGGAACAAGGAGGAUUAGAAGUGAUAACUGAACAGAAUAAGCGCAAAUCAGAUAAGUUAUACAAGGUGAUUGAUGACUCAUACCUCUACACAAGCCCUGUUGAACCAGCCUGUCGCAGUCGUAUGAAUGUUGUAUUUAAGUUACCAAAUGAAGAACUAGAAAAGGAAUUCUUGAAAGGAGCAGAAGAGAGAAAUAUGCAACAAUUGAAAGGACAUCGUUCAGUUGGGGGAAUUCGAGCUUCUAUUUAUAACGCAUUACCAGAAGAAGAAGUGGACGCAUUAAUUGCAUACAUGGCUGAAUUUGAGAAAGCUCAUAUUGUUAGUUAAAUCUUGUUCAACUUUUGUGUUUACAUAAAACUUGUAUAAUUUACUUAAAUUUGUUAUGAAAAUGAAAAAUAGUAUUCAUUUGGAUGCAUGGAUACAGUGAUUUGAAACAAGCUUGAUACUUCCAGAAGACGAUUUUACUUUAAAUGCAACAAAAAUACUGACUCAAACUCAAACUUAUCUUGGCCAAAUAGUAACGUCUUCUAUAUGUCAUUUAAGUUUAUGUGGUACACUAUUUUCGGAAAGAGGUGUCGCGCUGACUUGUCGCUUUUU